AUGGGUCACAUCAAGCGAUACUGCAAGAAGAGCGCUGACACGUCGCACGCAGCGUUCACAUUGAGCUUAGCGAAUGGCAACGAUACCUCGAAGUAUACCUGGAUCCUGGACAGUGGUGCAAGCCGUCACCUGAUAAAGGACCCAGAAUUGCUUGUGGAUGCAAAGGAUUGUGACGACUCAUGCGAGGUAGCCGACGGUUAG